UUUUUUCUUGCUCCAUCUCCAAAUAUCUACCAAAAAUGCAAUUGCAUAUAUCUUUUUAUAUAAUUUCCAUCAUUUCAACUCUGGCUGCUGGUCAGUUGCCAGCCAUUGCCAAAACUCCCCUGGCGAGAAGGCAGCAGAAACUUAAAAACUAUAACGAUAAAUACCCAACUUGGCAUACGGAUGUGCAAGUAUAUGGCGAGCCAGAAAUCUAUGACACUGAUUUCCAAAAAUGCAAAAAAGCUCACGAUGAGCACUUCCUGUGGUUGGUUAACGCUGCGCAGACAUUUGCUAACAAUGACGGUCAGAUUCACAGCGCAGGCAGCGGCAACAAGUUGUGCAGCAAGUGCUUCUGUGUUCCGAAUACACAGCGUGUCGGCUGUGUGCACAUUGAUUGCAAAGAGGUUGCAGGUGGAUAAUUGAAAUUGAGUUUAAUUUCGAUUAUAUUUAAUAAAG